UCAUUGGUCCCAUGCCAUGUCCCCUCACUAGCCCUUUGAUGUGAUCUUAUAUUUUUGAAAAAUUUCUUCCACUUCUAUUCUAUUGUGUCUAUUUGUCUUCUCUUCCACCAAAAUUUCCCUUUCACACUUGAGAAAAAGAAAUACUAAAUGAUUUAAUUUAUCAUCAUCAGUAGCAUCAAACAUGUCCAACAAGGGAAAGGAGGUAGCAGAAGGAUCAUCAAGAGGUGAUGAUCCUCAUCACCACCAUCAUCAGCAGUUACCACUGAGUCGCUAUGAGUCUCAGAAGAGAAGGGAUUGGAACACUUUUGGACAGUACUUGAGGAAUCAGAGGCCUCCUGUGGCACUUUCCCAGUGCAGUUCCAACCAUGUUCUUGAGUUUCUUCGUUACUUGGAUCAGUUUGGGAAGACCAAAGUGCACUUGCAAGGGUGUUUGUUCUUUGGCCAAAGUGAGCCACCUGGACCCUGCACUUGCCCUCUCAGACAAGCUUGGGGGAGCCUUGAUGCACUCAUUGGAAGGUUGAGAGCUGCAUAUGAGGAAAAUGGAGGCCUUCCUGAGACCAACCCCUUUGCAAGUGGUGCCAUAAGAGUCUACCUUCGUGAGGUUAGGGAUUCUCAGGCUAAGGCUAGAGGAAUCCCUUAUAAGAAGAAAAAGAAGAAGAGGAGUAUCAUCAAGCCUAACGGGGACACCUCCUCAAACUUGCCUAUGCAGUAACCAAAUCAAAGUUUUAUAUAUAUAAUUACCCUUCAUGAGUAUGUGAUCCCUUUCCUGAAUCUGCUGCUAGGAGUUGGAUAACUUCAGCUACGCAGUCUUGGAAUUCAGAUUAUAAUCGAUUAUCUACACAUAUCCCAGGGUCAGCUAUAACCCUUCCGUACGUGGUCUUUAUGUGUCAAGGAGUGUAUUUUGUUAUUUCGAAUGAGAGUUUAGAAUGGAGUUGACGAAGAGUUUAACAUUGGGGUAAGUCCCUGUAUUGUAUUCACUUAUAUAUAUCUAUAUAUCAAGCAUAUAUAGUCAUGAAAAUAAUCUUGAAUUUUCUCCCAAGCAGUGUGUGUAUGAUAUUGCAUGCUAUUGGUAUAUAUAUACCUUUGAUUCUCAGGGAUGUUUGG